CAGUCAUUUGACUUCAAACAAAAAAAUGAAGUUUUUCAUUGUUUUUGCGAUUUUAAUUACGAUAUACAAGACGAAGACAACUUCUUUGCUAACGGGCACUCUCGCUCAGAACACAACAGUCUUAAUUAAUGAAAAACAGGAAAUCAAGGAGAUAGACGUUCUUCGACAGAUAAUAAAUCAGGAGACCAUCAUUCGUUUAGCCUUGGUCAAAGAUGUAAAGGCUGUGGUGGACGACAUGGAUUCUCUAAAGACUAGGAUAGCGUCUUCGGAAACAGCAGUUAAAUCUCUCAAUGAAAAUGUCACCAACAUUCAUAAAGACCUAAACAAUAAUUCCAAAAGAACAUGCGAAAAAGAAGGGGUCAAUUACCAAGGGAAUUGCUAUUAUUUCUCAACAUCAAUUGCUUCUUUUAAAGAUGCAAUGGGAGCUUGUCAUUUAAUUGACGCAGAAAUGGUAGAACUUCAAAAUGCAAAGGAAGAAAAAUGGCUUGAUCUUCAGUUUCGGCUAAGAGGUUAUCAAACACAUGUCUGGCUAGGUGCGAGUGAUGUUCAACAGGAAGGAAAGUUUAUAUCUGUAUCAAAUGCUGAGGAACUUCAAUACAUCCACUGGGUGAAGGGACAACCAGAUAACAUACGCGGGAUAGAGCAUUGUGCCACUUACUGGAUCCGCCGAAAGGGAAUGAACGAUGCACCUUGCCACAACAAGUAUAACUACGUAUGCAAAACAAAUAUUUUAUAAAAAUAUCAACCUCAAAGAGGAAUGAUAUCUGAUUCCAAAGUUGACUAUAGAUAUCAAUAAUCAACCCUAUGUACUUCUUUGUAUAUAUUACUGCAGUUUGACAAGAAAAUACGUUUUAAAAGCUUUGUCUUUGAAUGUGGAAAAAAUGCUCUUAUACACUGAAGACUACAUAGUUGAAAUCUUUUAUACUCAAUGGAGCUUUGAUGACUUACUUUGAUACUUUGAUUUACUUUGUUGCGUUGCCAAUUUACUUUUAUAACAUGCAUUGUGUUAUGGAAUAUAAACAGAGUUGUGGAGUCAGUUCGACAUUAAAAACAAAGAAAACGA